UUUCCCUUUCCAAAAGCAACUAAAUUCAAUGUGUUUUUGUUUGAGCAAACACUGGUGGCAGCAUUAAGUGAGGUUCGUGCAACAUGCGGAGCAGCAGCAGCCAGGUGGCCCACUGGAACGUGGAGGACGUGACCAGAUGGGCCACCCAGUCCGAUCACUCCUCGAAGAUCCUGUUGGACUGCCUGCGCCAGGAGGCCAUCGAUGGUGAGGUUCUGCUCACACUCACCGAGCGGGAUGUCCAGGAUUUGCGCCAUCGUUUGGGCUACAAUCUCACCUUUGGUGAGCUCAAGAAAUUCUGGCUGGCCGUGUUCCGGCUGCAGUUGGUCGUGAUAGGUGAUAGCCAGGCGGAAUCUCAGCCUGCAGCGGCAGCCAAACCAGUGCCAGUGCCCGUGUCCUGCCUGACGCCCGAGUAUCUGAAGACCGCCAUUAGCCUGUGCUACUCCAUUCUGGUCAGUUGGAUAACGUCGUUCGUCAUGGUGAUUGUCCAUGAGCGAGUGCCGGAUAUGCAGCGUUAUCCUCCGUUGCCGGACAUUUUUCUGGACAAUGUACCGCAUAUUCCGUGGGCCUUUUGUCUGUCCGAGAUCACUGGAUCGCUGCUCUUUACCUUAUGGCUGAUCGUGUUGAUCUUUCACAAGUAUCGGCUGGUGCUUUUGCGACGCUUCUCCGCUCUGGCGGGCACCGUCUUCCUGCUGCGCUGCAUCACCACGCUGAUCACAUCGCUGAGUGUGCCCGGAACGCAUCUGCAGUGCAAUCAGAGUGACUUUGCCAUUGAUGAUCCUAAUGUGGACAUGGUGGGUGCCAUGGUUAUUCGCUUGACACGUGCCUAUCGCAUCUGGCGGGGCUUGGGCCUGUCCAUUCAGGGCGUUAGCACCUGUGGCGAUUACAUGUUCAGUGGCCAUACGGUGGCUCUUACUUUGCUCAAUUUCUCUAUAACGGAGUAUACGCCAAGGAGUCUAUAUAUCCUGCACGCUUUCACCUGGCUGCUCAACCUGUUUGGCAUCUUUCUCAUUUUGGCCGCCCACGAGCAUUACUCCAUCGAUGUGUUUGUGGCUUUUUAUAUCACCUCCAGGCUCUUUUGCUAUUACCACACAUUGGCCAAUAAUGGGACUUGUCGGAGGAGCGAUUCCAAGAGGAUGAACACCUGGUUUCCGCUGUUUAGUUAUCUGGAGAGCGGCGGUAAUGGUCAGAUACCGCAUGAUUUUGAGACUCCCGGCUCUCUGGUGGUGACCAUCGCUGAGCGGUUGUGCCUGGCCAAGGACCAAGUGGUAAUGACUUUUUCAAAAUUUUCCCUAUUCCCGCUAGCCUUUCAUCAAUGUUCUGGAAAGUCUGCCUAAGUCUAAGCUUAAAUGUAAACCUCAAACUGAUCCUCCUGCUCCUGCUUCGCCUUUGCAUUUAUCUUUCGUUUAUUCCAAGAUCUUGGGGAUGGGGAAAAUCUCCAUUUGAAAGAAUAAAUCAUUACAAUUUAUUAUUUAAAAAUA